CAAACACUUGCAGAAAAUACAAAAACCUCUUCGAAAUCGAAACCCCUUUUCAUCUUUUGUUAUUCACCUGUUAGAUUCGAAACGAGGAUCUUUUGUUUUUCGCAUGUUACACCAACAGUCAUAACAAUGGCUGGAUUGGAGGAAUUAAGGAAAAAGCUCGCACCCUUGUUUGAUGCGGAGAAGGGUUUCGGUUUCUCAACAAGUUCAACCUUGGACCCCUGUGAUGAUUCUUACACUCUUUCGGAUGGUGGGACUGUAAACUUGUUGAGUAGAUCAUAUGGGGUGUACAAUAUCAAUGAGCUUGGGUUGCAGAAGUGCUCGUCGUCGUCUCGGUCUGUGGAUGAAAGUCAUGAUUCUGAUCACAGUGAGAAGACUUAUAGGUGUGGUUCCCGGGAGAUGAGAAUAUUUGGAGCAAUAGGGAGUGGUGCUAGUAGUGUUGUGCAGAGAGCUAUACAUAUACCAAAGCAUAGGAUUAUUGCAUUAAAGAAGAUCAAUAUCUUUGAGAAGGAGAAAAGACAGCAGCUCCUUACUGAGAUAAGGACAUUAUGCGAAGCACCUUGUUAUCAGGGUCUUGUAGAAUUUCAUGGGGCAUUUUACACUCCAGACUCUGGACAGAUAAGUAUAGCUUUGGAGUACAUGGAUGGAGGAUCACUUGCAGAUAUCUUGCGAAAGCAUAGAAGGAUACCUGAACCUAUUCUAUCAUCCAUGUUUCAGAAGCUCCUACAUGGUUUAAGCUAUCUGCAUGGAGUCAGACAUUUAGUUCACCGAGAUAUAAAGCCUGCCAAUUUACUUGUAAAUCUCAAGGGGGAGCCAAAAAUUACUGAUUUUGGUAUCAGUGCUGGUUUAGAGAGUUCAGUGGCAAUGUGUGCUACAUUUGUUGGAACGGUUACAUACAUGUCACCUGAGAGAAUUCGAAAUGAAAGCUAUUCUUAUCCGGCUGACAUUUGGAGCCUUGGACUCGCGCUUCUUGAAUGUGGUACAGGAGAAUUUCCAUAUACAGCUAAUGAAGGACCUGUCAAUCUGAUGUUGCAGAUCCUGGAUGAUCCAUCACCAUCACCAUCAAAACAGACUUUUUCACCUGAAUUCUGCUCCUUUAUUGAUGCUUGCUUACAAAAGGAUCCAGAUGUUAGGCCAACAGCAGAGCAGCUUCUUUUCCAUCCAUUUAUCACAAAGUACGAAACGGUCGAGGUAGAUUUAGCAGGAUAUGUUCGUAGUGUUUUCGAUCCUACACAAAGAAUGAAGGACUUGGCAGAUAUGUUGACAAUACAUUAUUACUUACUAUUUGACGGACCUGUUGAUUUGUGGCAAAAUGCAAGGAACUUAUAUAGCGAAAGCUCAAUUUUCAGUUUCUCUGGGAAACAACAUGUUGGUCCAAACAACAUUUUUAAAACUCUAUCAAGUAUUCGAUGUACUUUAGUUGGUGAGUGGCCUCCUGAAAAGCUGGUGCAUGUGGUUGAGAAGCUUCAGUGUCGUGCUCAUGGUGAAGAUGGAGUUGCAAUCAGGGUCUCAGGGUCCUUUAUAGUUGGCAAUCAGUUCCUCAUAUGUGGAGAUGGCAUUCAAGUAGAGGGCUUGCCAAAUUUUAAGGAUCUUGACAUUGAUAUCUCUAGCAAGCGAAUGGGUACAUUUCAUGAACAAUUCAUCGUGGAACCAACGACCCAUAUUGGAUGCUACACCAUUGUUAAUCAAGAACUGUAUAUUAACCAGUAAUGUUAUGUUAAAUUACAACUUAACAAUUAUCAUGACUUUAGAGGAGAACCUGGUUUUCCAAGAUGUAACAUUUAAAUUAGAUUUUUUAUGUAUCUAGGUUACGAAAAGCUGUUAAUAGUGAAGAUCAAUUCUCAUUUGAAUUAAGAUGUGAUUCACCUUUCACUUAA